AUGUUAUCACAAUAUAGAGUUGCUUUGAGGAGCAAUACUAGACUCUUUAGUACCACAAUAAAAACCAAUUUAAAGGGUUUUAAUUUCCCUCCAACUGGUACAACAAAUGUAAAUAUAUUUGAAGCAAUAAAAGGUUCGGAUAAACAAAAACUUAAAGGUGAAUCUGCCAAUGGAAUUGAAAAUAGGCAAAAUAUAAAGACCUUGGAACCAAAAUUGAUUAAAAGUUUCGAAUACUCUACAAUUUAUGAUCCCUUUGACUUUUCUAUGGCUAGAAUUAAUUUAGAUCGUAAGCACAAGUCGAAAUUUAAACUAUUUGGCAAUAAUAUCAAUCCACUAGAUCUAUAUACAUCUCCAGAAAUCCUUUCACAAUACAUGUCAUCCACUGGUAAGAUCUUACAUAGUGAUGUUACUGGUUUAUCAGCCAAAAAUCAAAGAAGAUUGGCCAAGGCAAUCAGAAGGGCACAAGCGAUUGGUUUAUUGUCGAAAACACACAACUAA